AUGUGUGAUUUCGUUAUUAAGCUUAUUUCGCGACUGAUUUGUGACCAAAUCCAGUUAUCGGUAUUUACUCCUCGGAAAAUGCCAUUUUACCCCCUUGGGGGUAACUACCCCCAGGUUGGGAAACCCUGGCUUACAUGUACUGUGUUAACGCUAAUCACAUUAGUGCCAGCAUGUGUGGACACAACUGUAUCAACGAACGUCAGCUUCGGUACGCCGCUGUACCGUUACAAGUGUUUUAACGACCUGGUGACCAACCUAAAGUCCUUACCCAGUAGACCAGGAAAAAUUACUGGUGAGCAGUACUUCCAGUGUGGAAGGACACAAGCGGUGACAAAUCAUGUGGAGGGGGAGGCAGAGGAAGCUCGCUGUCGUGAA